AUGAGCUUCACUUUCCCGCGUUUCGUUCAUUCCCCAAGUCUCCUCCGUCGAACGUUCAACAUUAACCAGAAGCCAAGUUAUCUCCUUUUCAUGUCCAAGAAGAGAAAGUUUUGUGCGGUAACGGUCUCAUUAUCAAAGUCAGGUGUUGAAGAGUUAAUGGUGGUAGUGGGUGCUGGAGCUGCCGGAAUGUAUGGAGCAAUCAGAGCAAAAACUCUGGCACCCAACCUUCGAGUAGUUGUCAUCGAGAAGGGAAAACCUUUAUCCAAGGUUAAGAUUUCUGGAGGUGGUCGCUGCAAUGUGACCAACGGGCAUUGUGCUGACAAUCUGGUAUUGGCAGAACAAUACCCCAGGGGACACAAGGAACUGCGAGGCUCAUUCUUCAAUAUGCAUAGCCCAACCGAUACUAUGACAUGGUUUUCUGAUCACGGGGUAGAGUUGAAGACUGAAGAUGAUGGGAGGGUUUUCCCAGUCAGUGAUUCUUCAUCUUCUGUGAUUGACUGCCUAAUGUCCGAAGCCAAGAAGAGAGGAGUACUAUUGAAGACAGGGUAUACUGUUACGAGUGCUUCUGUUUCUGUUGGUGGGAAAUUCACUAUGAAGGUGGAGAAACGUACAGCGGGUCUUGUGGAGUAUUUGGAGGCUGAUUAUCUCCUAAUUGCGAGUGGAAGCAGCCGUCAGGGUUACAGUCUUGCAGCUCAGCUCGGUCAUUCUAUUGUGGAUCCUGUACCAAGCUUGUUUACUUUCAAGAUAGGUGAUACUCAGUUAACUGAGCUGUCUGGGGUAGCAUUUACCAAAGUAAAAGCAAAGUUAAAGUUAGAAGCUAGCAAGAAUAACAUACGACAGCUUACACAGGUUGGACCAAUGCUAAUUACUCACUGGGGGCUCAGUGGGCCAGUGGUUCUAAAGUUAUCUGCAUGGGGAGCUCGUGAUCUUUGUGAUUCGGAUUAUACAGGGACACUUCUAGUGGAUUUUGCUCCUGAUCUUCAUCUGGAAGAUGUAAAAUCUGCUCUCAGUCGACACAAGAAUCAAUUUGCCAAGCAAAAGAUAUCAAAUACCUUUCCUUCUGAAUUUGGUUUAACAAAGAGAUUCUGGAAAUAUAUUAUUGACCGCGAGGGUGUAAUUCCAGAUCUUCUCUGGGCAUCAGUUUCUAGCAGCUCAUUAGCAUCAGUCGCUUCUCUUCUAAAACAAUGCUCUUUUAAGGUGACGGGAAAGGGCCAAUUUAAGGAUGAAUUUGUCACGGCUGGUGGGGUUCCCUUGUCUGAGAUUCACAUGAAAACGAUGGAAAGCAGAAUCCAGGCACGUCUAUUCUUUGCUGGAGAGGUGCUGAAUGUUGAUGGAGUAACUGGGGGUUUUAAUUUCCAGAAUGCCUGGUCAGGGGGGUACAUAGCAGGAACUACUGUAGGUAGCCUAACCAACAGCCAUAGUCCAGCCAAAGAGAAGGUUGUCAUCAGGUGUUAUCGAUCUUGUUGGGGACUCCAAGUUAUCAUGGACCAUGCGUAUAUUAAGUGCGAUGUGAGAUGUGAGAUGUCCAAUGAAGAAGGGACAAACGUCCAGUUUUUGCAGAGCAGCAGAAUCCAGUUUGAUCAGCAGUUAACAAAGAUCAAAUGA